GGAAGCGCAACCAGGAAGAGCACACACACACACACACACACACACAUCUCGCAGGCAGCGCCACCGACCGUCCUCUCUCCACUCCUCCCCAGCUCUCCCAGUUACGGAGCAUUGCCAUCGCACCAGUCCGGCUUCCCAGCUCCCCCCUCCUCCUCCCCCUCCACCACCUCCUCCUCCUCCUCCUCCUCCCCUCCUUCACCCCGCAGAUUUGUUCGACGGCUCUCCGGGGGCUGGCAGGAGGAAGCGUGUCGGCGAGCCCGCCCCGUGGAGAAGCAUGUGAUGACUCACGCAAGGCAGAAGGGUUCCCUCAGGCAGAGCCGCAGUAGUGCUGAGUGGUGGGACAACUGUCCACUUUGGCCACAUGGUGGCACCAUGGGCGGUGCCUGGCCUGAGCGCUCACUGCGAUUCGGCAGGACAAAGAAGAUAAGUGAGAUCGUCAAACAAGGGAAGGACGUGGCCAAGGGGAUGACUCGCAAGAGGGGGAGAAGAGAAAAAUCCAAUCAGAACAGAAAACUUGACCGGAGGCGUGACAAGAAACGGGACAGGAAGUUGUAUCCAUUGCGGGGGAGGACUGGGGGUUCGGUGGGGAAGGGCUUCAGCUGCCACGUUCUCCUCACCCGAUUGGAGGAAAGCAUCAGUGAGAAGGAGAGUUCUGAAGAAAGGGAAGGAAACAAUGCACGCCGACAUUUAUCCCUCAAACACAAACCCAAAAAAGGGAAAAGCAAUGAAAGAAGACAGGCAAAGUCAUCAACCAAAAACAAAUCAAAGUCAGUUAGCCCAAGUCAUGGUGAGUGUAUUCAUGUCUUACAACCACGCAAGCGCAGACUUGCCUCUCUCAAUGCUGAGGCAGUGAACAGUCUACUGCUUGAAAGAGCUACUGACCCUCAGCCAGCAGCUAAACAGGCCAGGAGACAGGAAGAACCCACAAAUGGAGGGGGUUCCCCGGAUUCAGAUCCAGCCAGAACUGGUGUCCCUGGAGGUCUGAAGGCUUCACGAGGAAACACCAGUAAAGUCUCAGCGUCCCACAGACUUGAACUGUGCCAAAGCUCUAAGCGAGUCAAGAAGGCCAAAGUCAACCGAGGUGAUGAGAGCAGGGGGAUGAGUCAGGAGAGUCUGGAUGCCCCCGCCCCCAGACGAUUGGCUGGACUCAAUGCUGCAGCCCUGCUGAAGUUAACCAGCUCUUCUGCUACCAGUAAACAGAGAGUAAAGGCUGCACCCACAGCUACUAUCACAUCAGACUGCAAGGCUCCUGCUGCAGCCUCAACCCCAAAACAGCACUCCAGAGUUAAGCUCAAACACAAGGGGCGAUCACAAAAGCAGAGGGGAAAAAAGGCCCCACCCCUGCACAUUGGCUGCACAGCCUGCAAGAAGAAGGCGGACUUUGAGCCCAAAGUAGAGUGGGAGCCUGGCAGCUGCACCCAUAGACUGACCAAACCAGGCUACCAGUCACGCAGCAUGCUAGCGUACCCGCUUAAGCAAGUGAAGGAGGAGCAGCUGGAGACCGAACUGAGCCCUUACUACUGCUGUCCCCCAGAGGGUUCAAUGGAAUACUGCCACCGCUUGGCCUUCUUCCUGGGCCAGCAGCCCUAUGGAGAGUCAGACGAUCAGCCUCUUAACACAGCCAUGACCCCUGUGAAGCGCGAGUGCCUCGUAACCUCACCGUCCCUGACCCACUCGCACCCGCACACAGCCCUGACCCUCAGCCCUCACCCCUGCCUCUGCACCGCCGACCACUGCUUCUCCAGCUACUACGUCCACAUAGCUCACCCGACACACACUGGAACGACAUCGCCGAACCUGGCCUCACGACCUCUGAACUUUGCCCCUUCCAGUUUGUGCCCUAAUCGGAUGACUGGCUCCAAGCUGCUGGGUCCGCGGGUGUCCCACGCCUCGGGGCUGGCCCAUCCCGCCUACUGCAACUCUGUGGCUUCGCCCUGUUACGGUGAUGCCUGCGGGAUCGGUGGCUACACCUGCAGAGCCAUGCCUCCCGUCACCAGCAGGGGUUGCUCUUUCAGCACAGGAUGCACUGGAUGUACACACAGCAUCAAAACAGAGGGUUACUCCUCCCCUCAGGGUGAACACAGCCCCUCUCUUCUGGUUCCCCCAUCCCUGCCCAUGUCCAGCUGCCCUCUAUCCAGCGUGUGCCCACCUACCCAAACUAAACCCCACCUGUUGACCCCCCUGUCGGGGCGAGACCAGCCUCAGGCCAGGUUAAAGCUGGCCAGGGAAUGCCCACAGAGCACCAAGCCCUCCAAUGGCUCCCUGUCCAUGGGCCGCACACGGCUGCCCCAGAAACAGCCAUCACCCGUGCCAAGCCUCAGCAGCACUAAGCAAAAGAAAGUCAGCCGCAGACGUGCCACCAACGGCUGGCGGCCUGUUGGGGUGCCCACGGAAAGGGAGGUCUUCAUUGCGGGAGAGGAUGAGACGGCCCUGCGGCAGUGUUAUGAAGGAGUCGAGAGGGACGGUGAAGUGAUACGUGUCAGAGACACUGUGCUGCUACGAUCAGGCCCCAGGAAGAAAUCCCUCCCAUACGUUGCCAAGAUAUCAGCACUGUGGGAGGACCCCAAAACAGGAGAGCUGAUGAUGAGUCUUUUCUGGUACUACCGACCUGAGCACACCCAGGGAGGCCGAGAUCCCAGCACACACUGUGAGAAUGAGAUUUUCGCCUCUCGGCAUCAGGAUGAAAAUAGUGUGGCCUGCAUAGAAGACAGAUGCUACGUUCUCCCACUAGCCCAGUACUGUAGAUUUUGUGCCUUGGUGAAGCGGCGUGCCGAAGGCGCCCCACCUGGCAGCGCCAGCAUGGUGCCCUGCCGCCCUGACUUCGCCCCCCCCUCCCACCGCUGUGUGCCCACAGACGUCGACCCCGAGCUGGUGUAUCUCUGCCGGCACGUCUAUGAUUUCCGCUACGGACGCAUCCUGAAGAACCUGCAGUAGAGGGUAGCGGGGUUGCUGCAUCUAUGAAUUAAUCAUCACGAUGCUCCCGCUCCUGCACAGAGGGGGAGCCGAGGGACUGAACACCCCUGUCUCUUCUGCUGGGGACCUCACGAUCAGGGGAGGGAAGGGGGGGAUGAUGGGGGUGGGGCUGGGUUGGGCGAGGGACAGAUGACACAUUAUGAAGCACAGAUCCCUUUAGUCGACUACAGAAGGGGUUACAAUGUGAUAGCUUAAUCCAUGUCAGUCAGAGCACCUAUAUUUCCUGGUUUCAAAGAGUGAGGAAGGGACUUUUUGUUCAUCAGCUUGGAUUUUUUAGCUAUCACAACACUCUGAGGUUACAUGGAAGGUUGUGUGUGUCCUCCCCCUCUUUUGCCUGCCAGGAAUGCCGAGCACCAGGCAGAACUGGGAGACUGUCAGGGCCGCGUUUCCCCCAAAGCGUCUUAGCACAACAAUCAUGUUUGUUCCAUUUGUAAGCCAGUGGCUCAGGGAUGGUCCGCUGUUAAGGUGCUUCCGGGGGAACACAAGCCUGCACUGUCAGCUCAAUGUUAACGGUGUUCAACCAACCAGGGUGAAGGAGCAACUAAUGGAGAGUGUCGUCUUAUUUCUCCUGAUUUGAGUUUGUCUCUGCGUGAGUGUGUGUGUGUGAAAGAGAGAGUGGGAGAGCGAGUGUUGUCAGUGUGGAUAAAUGGAUAAAUGUGGGUAUGUGUGAUGGUUUUUUAGGAGGCUUUCAGGCAAUCAAACCAAACAAGCAGCUUCAGAGGAAGAAGCGGAGCUCUCUCUCUCUCUCUCUCUCUCUCUCUCUCUCUCUCUCUCUCUCUCUCUCUCUCUCUCUCUCUCUCUCUCCCCCUCUCCCCCUCUCCCUGUCCUCCUCUCCUGACACUGACAGAAACAUUUUCAUCUCGAGUGAUGCUCUGCGAAAACUAAAAUACUGUACCUGAAGGUGGGGGUGUGUGAGACAGAUCUCUUUUUUUUUUUUUUUUACCAAACUCAACUCUAGAGCAGGGCUUCUUUAACUUGGGGUCAGGACACCAAAAAAUUGGCUCUAAACUGAUUUUAUUAACAAAAACACACACACGUCAAAAGCCCCAGUGAAUCUGCAAACUAAUGUUUCAUCUCAGCCCCAGUCCUGGUUUGAGGAAGCCUUGUUCUAGAGAGGCUUUUACAAGGGUCCUACUUACUGAGGAGUUGAGACCCUCCAUAGCCCUGUGAAGGCUUAACAAGAGGAGGGCCAUCGCUCAUCUGUUUUUGUUUUGUUUGUUUUUUUGGUCAUAAUUUUUCACCUUUGCUGUUCCCUGUGACUUGCCUUAUGACUUGCAGGUAGAGCUUUAGGCAGCUAGUCUCACACAUAUGACUAGGAAGUGGUAGAAUGAAUGGGUUUGCUGUUGUCCCAAGAAAUAGGAUUUUGUUGCUGAUCGCCUGACAGCUGUGACAUGAUCACUGGAGACGCACAUUGAAAAUGCACUGGUUUAGGGCUGCAACUAAUGAUAAUUUUCAUUACCUGUUCAUCGUUUUGUCGUUAAAAUGCCACUAAAUAUUGAAAAAUGGAUGCCCAAGGUGACAUUUACAAAUGGCUUGUUUUUUAAAACCCAAAGCUAUUCAGUUUUUUAUCAUAUAAAAAAAGACAAAUAUCAAAGCUUCACAUUUAAGAGGCUGAAACCUUCAGUUUAUUUGGCAUUUUUAGAUGAUUAUUUGAUUAUCAAAACAGUUGCAGAUCAGUUUUCCUUCAAUCAACUGAUUGUUGCAGCUCUACACUGGUUAGAAACACAGCGCACUUUUCAUGUUAUCAACCGGCUGUGCUCUAGCUGCUCACCUUGCAUCCCAAUGUGCCACAACAUCUGGGAAAUGUCUGUUCUACCCGCUCUAAUUCUACACCCACACUGAUUAUACUUCCUCCUCCUCCUCCUCUCCCCACCCCAAGAUAAACCAAAGGAUGUCACACAAGCCAGAGUCCCCAUCUCCUCCCUCACACUUCUUCUUCUCGUCAGCACUUCUGCCCUCGUUCCCUUAUUAUAUUGCACUAAUCCAUUCCUUAAUUACAACAAACAAUUUUUUUUUUGUUCUAGCUACUAAUAUCUCCCCAGGGGGAACAUACUAUGUAUCAUUUAUGUGUUUGUGUUUCGUAGAGAAGGAAACAGUGAGGAUGUCAUGGCUGCUUUUGUCAGUGCAAACUGUAUAUUUGUAUUCUUUCACCAGUAGAGGAGUCGGCCAGCGUGUUUGUCAUGUUGCCUGAUGCACAACCUGUUGAGUCCCAUGGAAUAUAUACAGUAUAUGUGUAUGUAUAUAUAUAUAUAUGUGUAUGUGUGUGUGUGUGUGUGUGUGUGUGUGUGUGUGUAUGUAUGUAUGUAUGUGU